AUUUCUUGUUUCUUAAUAACGAGUUAUGGACAAAGGAUAUGCUUGGGUAGUGAUGAUGGCAACAUGCCUCUUGCAAAUACUGUAUUCGUGUUUAUUGACAUCAUUCGGUAUAUUUCUAGUCGAUAUUACGGAAACAACGGCGUAUUCAACCGGAAGGAUAGCGUGGAUUGGUGCUAUCGGAGCGACGUUCUGCGGUGUUAGUGGAGCCUUUACUGGAAAUUUUAUAGACAGAUAUGGUUGUAGAAAAGUUGUAAUUGUUGGAUCAUUAAUGAUUUCUACUGGUUAUUUAUUAAGUGCCUUCGUUAGGAACGUAAACAUUCAAUACUUUAGCUUGGGUAUAUUGGCUGGUAUUGGAUUUAAUUGUUAUGCUGUUAGCUCUCACGUUGCAGCAUCUCAAUGGUUCAGCAAAAGAAAGUCGUUAGCGUUGUCUAUUGUUAUGUUUGGAAUGAGUUUUGGUAUAUUUAUUUGGGGACCAAUUGCUAGAUUCCUAUCUUUUACUUUUGCGUGGAGAGGCGCCAUGUUCGUUAUUGCUGGAAUUCAAUUGAAUGGUUUAGUUAUUGCCCUACUACUUCGACCCCCACCUAAAGAAAAAAAGCCCAUUGAAGAACAGGUUAAAAAAGAAUUAGAGGUUCAAGAGAAAAAAAAUAUAACAUUUAAACUUUGCGACUUUACAUUAUGCAAAGAUUGGCUUUUUAUGGUUUACUGUGUUGCUAAUUUUUGCCUACUCUUUGGUCACGUUCUACCACUUAUUCUUCUACCUACUAAAGCCGAAACGCUAAAAAUAAGUAAAACCAAAGGUGCAGCAUUAGUAUCCACUCUAGGGGCUUGUUCAUGCAUUGGUAGACCUAUUGUUGGAUAUUGUGCCGAUAAACCAUGGUUCAACAGACGUCUACUGUUUGCUUCGUCGUCUCUUGUCGGUGGACUAUUGUCCGCCUUUUCGACCUUGCUAAAUACAUUCGUCCUCUUAAUGGUUUAUUCAUCGCUAAUAGGAUUUUUUUCCGCGUUCUUUAUGGCCUUAUUUGCUUCCGUUGGUGCUGACUUAGUUGGAAUAAAUAAAAUGCCCAAAGCAGUUGGACUACUUACAACAGCUCACGGAUUUUCUUUUCUAUCCAGUAUUGCCAUAUCAGGGCAAUUAUGCGAUUUUACUGGAAAUACUGACGCCAGUUUUUUACUUGCAGGAGUAAUUCAAACAUUUUCAGGAAUUUUGGCUUUUACAGUCUAUUUUAUCCAUAAGAGGAGACUAAGACAUAAAGAAGUCAAGAUAAAUACACUUAUAGAUGGCAAAAUAUGAAAAUAAAGGUUUUAAAGAACUCAAUUUCGCAAAGUGUAUAGGAAAUGAACUGACUAGAAAUAAAAAUGGAUAAACUAAAAUAUACCAACGAAUUGAUGACAUUUUUUUGUUGAUAAUGCUCUUUUUCUUUUCUUUUUUUUCAUUAUUCAUUGUUCUUAAAGAGUAUAGUAAUAAUAAAACCAAACCACAACUAAUAACAUA